AUGCGGAAGCUGCGCGCCAACUGGAACCGAGCCGUGGCGGCGCUGUCCUGGGUGGCCGACGCUGCGCGGUGGGCCGAGGAUACCCGACCCGCCACUGCCCCGCCUCUUCGUGCACCGAGGCGCGCCACAGGGAUAGCCGCUGCUUCAUUCGAGGAUGCGCCGGUCAAAGGCGAGGGAGCUGCUGACGGCUGCCGCGUAGAGUCCAUGGCCGACCUCCUCGUCCAGGGUACCGCCUCCUCCCUUCACCUCAUCAUACUUGGUCCUGCAACUCUGGCUGAAGCAAUGAGUUACAAGCUGGAGAAGAAGAGCAGCAGCGAAGAAGCCGCGCAGCUGAAACCAGCGUCCUCUUGGGAAGAAGAGCAGCAGCAAAAGGUAACAAUCCUUAAGCGUGUGGAGGAAAAGAAAUUUGAUGAUGAGCCUGCUGAGAAAAGGAGAUUGCAAAGAAAUGAGUGGUCCGGUGUCCUUCUAAGAAUUAGGAACAAUGCGAUUAUUGUUCUGGGUAUUAUUUGUCUUCAGCUGCCAUUUGAGUUGGCCUAUGCUCAUUUGUAUGAAAAAACUGAAACUGAGGCGCUGAGGUAUGUGUUGACUGCACUAUAUCUUGUUGCAAUUCAGUAUUAUACAAGGAUAGGUGUAAAGGUGUCUGUCAUUCUAAUAAAGUAUGAAAACAACCAAGGAGAACAGUCCAGUGCUGAUAGUUUGAUUUAUAAGGUUUUCGGUCUAUACUUCAUGCAAUCAUAUAUUGGGUUGUUUUACCAUGCUUCCCUUUAUCGUGACAUUUUGAGACUCCGACAAGUCCUUAUUCAGCGUCUAGUCGUGUCUCAGGUGUUGGAAAAUCUGAUUGAGAAUUCUAUUCCUUAUCUCAAAUACAGCUACAAAAAGUACAGUGUUGUUCGCAAGAAAAGACAAGAGAGAGAAUCACCAUCAGGGAAGUCAGUUCGAUUAUCAACAAGAGUGGAGAAAGAAUAUUUAAAACUCUCUUAUACUGCAAGCAUUGGAGCAGAGCUCGAAGAUGGUCUGUUUGAUGAUUUUCUUGAACUAGCUCUUCAGUUUGGGAUGAUCAUGAUGUUUGCUUGCGCCUUUCCAUUGAUAUUCUGCUUUGCUGCUGUGGUAUGUGGUUAUGACGACAGUUUACAGUCAAGUACUCAUGCUUGA